AGACUCAAUCCUGUAGUCACUCGGUUUGGCUUGCAAGAGCAGGUAGCACCAUGUGUUAGAAUGCUGAAGAACUGGACACAGAUAAUCAAUGACAAUUCUUGGAUUAUAUUGCUGUGUAGACAAGACGAGCAGAAAUAUUACAAAGCAAAUAUUUGAGUGUGAUUUGUCAAGUUGCAUCUGUUCUGUUAGAAAGCGGGAACCGGUAGAGAGGUGCCUGUCUGUAUGGCUGCUGAUACGUUCUCGUGAAUAAGAAACACGCACAUGGCUUAACUGAUUGUGGACUACCAUUAAGAUUCAUCCCAACUGGAAAUAUCUCAACACUUCAUGUUCUCCAGUACCAGAGCUAAGCGGUUAUCCGAAUCCUUUCUACAUGGACGCAUACCAGAGAUGACAACCAAACACUGAUACACGGAACCUUCCCUUCUUGGCCCGCGCACCCCGAUGGGUGAAGGUACCCUAUGAUGUUUGUGGACAACCUCUGUGUGUGGAUUAGUGUCAUCAGCUCCAUCCUAGUGUGUGGAGUUUCAGGAUGUGGGGGAAAAGGCACCAACAUUGUGGAGAUCAAGCUGGUGGAAGUACAACGGACACCAGAGGAAAUGGCCAACAUCCCCGAUGAACAGAGGCUGAUGAACCACAUUAUGAGGGGCUAUGAGAAGGCAGUGAGGCCGGUCAGGAACGCCACAACGGCAGUCAUUAUUAGAAUGGGAUUAACGCUAACACAAAUAUUUGAUAUGGAUGAGAAGAAUCAGGUUCUCGUUACAAACGUGUGGUUAGAUCAGGAGUGGGUGGACGAAUUCCUCACCUGGAAUCCAAUGAUGUUCAAUAACAUCACUAUGUUGAGGAUACCAUGCCACAAAUUAUGGCUGCCAGAUAUAGUACUUUAUAACAAUGCUGCAGAAUAUACUGACGGACUGAUGCCAGCUAACGCUAUGGUAGCUUCUGACGGUAACGUCUUUUGGCCUGUCCCAACCAAACUACAGAGUUCCUGCAAGGUUGACGUCACCUACUUCCCCUUCGACAUACAGCGAUGUCGUCUUAAGUUCGGCUCUUGGACAUAUGAUGGCUAUCAAGUGGACAUUACAAACCGGACAACAGAGGUAGACCUAAGCAAUUACGUCGUCAACGGAGAAUGGGAACUUAUACGUAUAAAGAUUGUCCGUAACGUUGUGCGAUAUGCUUGCUGCGAUGAGCCUUUUCCUGACGUGACAUUUUACGUCACAAUUCGACGUCGUACGUUGUACUACAUGUACAACGUGGUGUUCCCGUGUGUGAUGAUGUCGGCUCUGACAUUGCUCGUCUUUUGUCUGCCACCAGACUCGGGUGAGAAAAUAGCACUAGGAAUUACUGUGCUCUUGGCUUUCUCAGUCUUCAUGUUAGCCGUCGCUGAAAAUCUUCCUGAAACGUCCGAGUUUGUUCCUCUAAUUAGCAUCUACCUGACGAUAGUCAUGUCGCUAACAUCUGUUUCCGUCAUCAUGACGGUGUUUGUGCUGAACCUCCAUCACCGAGGCCCAGACAAAAGAGCUAUUCCAGGCUGGCUGCGCAAGAUCUUUCUUGGGAGCUAUCGUCAUCCUAGUAUAUUCCUUUCCAACAACGACAGGUGCUUUCUUAACCAUUGCUCGUCCAAUGAAGGGAAUUUCAUGAGAAACUUGUCUCUGAAACUAACCUUGGAAAACAUUGCCCAGGAGCUGAAAGAUGAACUCAGUUUAGACAAUGGUGUGGGCGAGCCGCUGUCAAAUGACACUCAUAGUCAGAAUACCUCCCAGGACAGAAGGGAUAGGGCGUACCCUACAUUGUCAGGUGUAUCGGGUGAACAUAGUCAUGGACAUUCAAAGCAGUCCAACUCCAGAGGAAAGUUUACCAAGUCUUACGAGGACAUUUUGUUUUCUUUAACUCGUAUUCUGGACAAGCAUGAGAAAGAGGAAAAAGAUUAUGAGGUGAUGCAGGACUGGCGUCGACUGGCGCAGACUGUUGACAGAAUUCUUUUCUGUAUAUUCCUUGCUGGAACUGUAAUUUCAACCUUAGCUAUCCUUGUUAUUGCACCGGCUACACAACCUGUGUAACAGAAAUCUCAUUACCAAUUUCUGUGUUUUACUGUAACGCUUUUAAAAGAGACCUGUUAUACAGAAUUCAUUAACUUCACGAACGGGCGUAACAUCUCAUAUUUCAUAGCGAAUACUAGUAUUCAUUCUUUUACCUUUUCCUAAUUUUGGGGGAUAUAUGUCUACCACUUUCUAAACGAAUGGUGUACUGUAGUAUUUGAAAUUGUCGCUGCGUUCAAGAAGUGUUUAACCAACAACACUUAGUUCAAACAAGAAACUAUUCUUCUUAGUGGUGUGUCUCUGAUGAUUUCUGUCUCCAGCUGUUUAAACGGUUUAUCUUUUGUGGGUGGUUUUAAUUUAUUCUGAUUGACUGCAUGUUUUCGUUUAUUACAUGAUCAUCAAACCACACAUUUUUACUGUGACACGGCAUUUAUCUUUAUGUGACAAUCCAAUUUCAAGUUUUACAAACAUUUUUUUGAAAAUGUCAACAGUUAUAUAUUUGCUCAGCUUAGUCUCUCUCAGUCACUGGGGACAACGAUAAUCAUUUCUCGUGCAUCUUCCAUCGUGCCGGAGCUACAACUACAGGGAUGUUUGUUUCAAAGAGGCGUCAUGCGUCUCUUGCUCAAAUUAUCAGGGUUACAGAAUUCACGACCUUAGUAAAACUUUCUAAUUUAUUCAUGUAGACACAAGGAGGGAAUUUCCAAAAUUAACGCAGCAGUUACCGAAAUAAUGUCCGAUUCAAUUUUCUAAGUUUGGCUUUCCCUAUGUUCCCGUGGUUGUUCAGAUGAACACUUGACUUGCCUUUGCGUGUGUUUGAGACGGGUGCCUCAGCUCUAAAAGGGUACACUCGCCUUGUAUCAUCCCUAUUUUAUGGUAAUUCAUAAACGUAUACUCAUGAUAUUGUCGGAUCGCGCAAUGGACACUGCUUUUGGCAAAUAUUUCUUAUGAUUAUGGAAAGGAUUUUAUUGCUUUUAUUUCCAUAUCACUGGACGAUAUACAGUUGUCUCGAAUGUGUGUUAUAAGCGCUUCAGUGAACGUUGCCCUUUUGAAAAUCAAGUAUCUAAUCAUGUCCUUCCAGACAGACGGGUUUAUCUACAGAAUGUCACAAGUUUUGUGUGAAAGGAUAUAGUGUUGUCAUUAUAAUACUAUUGUAUUUAUUUUUCUUUGUGCUUUGUAAUUGAAUGCAUGAAUUAUACUCAUUAUAAAUGUUCUGAGGAGGGAGUAGCUACAUGUAGAUAUUAAAGAUAUAUACACCAAGCUUAGACAUAAUAUAUUCCACGUGUCAGAAAUUCAGCAGAAGUUGAUUAUUGAUUUCAAUUUGAAGACAAAUAUCACAUAAGGUGUUUAUGGAAUUUGGAACAAACAAUGUAUUAGUGCUCGGUUGUUUAUUUAUAUCAUAAACAAAAUUAUCAUUGCGAUCAGAUUUUACCUGGUCAAAUCAUUUCAACAUGUCCCACCGAAGGACAUCUCCAGGAGUCAAAGUUUCCAGGACAAUUCUGAUUAUACGUUGUAUGUAAUAUCGAUACGGAUAAUUUCAAACCCAGCUUAAGUGCGAAAGUUUCGUAAUUGUAUUUCGAUUUAGGCUUGGUGCAUAUACUUAUAAAGAUGCUGAACAGCUGUGUUUAGUUCAUGUUAUUCUGCCCUCAUGCAGCUAUGUAUAAGCUUGAAUGUUACUGUAUUAUAUAGAUUAUAUUGUUCUCUGUUAUGAACAAAUACACUGUUAUCGAUAUCAUGGUCAAACAAUGAGAAUGUUUCAAUGUUGGUUUCAUGUCAACGACAUAGUCAGUAGCAAGAUUAAGUAUCAAGAGGUGUGGAAACGUACCAUGCUUCAUAAUUUGCUUUCACUUAAAUUGGUCGUAGAAUAAGCCUGCAUAGAACCAUAUGACGAAACUACUCUCACAAGUUAGAGAACAUCCUAUUCUUUCAUAUUUCUAUAGUAAUAGUUGUUCAUGGCAUGACUGAUUAUCUCUAGUAAUAUGUCAUGGUAUGACAGAUUAACUUUAGUUAUAUGAAAGAAUCAGGUGAUCCUUAACUUUUUUUUGUAGUAUAUGUAAGGAAAUUGUUGUUUGCAAAGCAAGACUUAGGUAUAGUUACUAUGAGUGCAGUUUUGUAAGUACGUUAUAUAGCAUAUACUAAAUUAUGUAUAAUCACAACAAAUGCUGACACGCAUGUAUUUUUUUACAAAUAGUAAUUAUACAACGCUUUCUUCACUACCUAAAGCAUUUAUACUAAAACUGCCAAUUGUGAGCCAUCCCUGCUGUCAGUUUUCAAGCUGGUGCUGGUAGUAUACAGCGGGCAGUGGUAUGCCUGGAUCGUUUUCUACACCCUCCCGUUGCCACGAACAAUUUUCUGUUUUACGUUAUAACAUCAUAUAGGUACAAAAAAACUCAGAUAUUGUAAAAGGUCCAAGCAAGGGACCGUCCAUUUUUAUAUUAUAUUAUGAAUAUGAUUUGGCUUACCAAAAAAACAAAAUAUGCUGCAGACUAUUUUACAUUGUCUGACACUAAAACACAUUGUUGCAAGGCGUUCUCUUUUUUAUAAUAGUAAAUAGUAUUCUUUAAUAAUGGAAUUAUUAUAUAUAUAUUAUUAUGUAUAUGGUUUUGCAACUGCAGCUGACAAAAAAUCGAGCCUC